AUGAAAUUACCGCUGCAUAUAAUACGAAACCCUUUUUUAAUAUCCUCUUAUUUCUCUGCGAACAAGAGCGGUUCUUGGGCGUCCGUUCUACUAAAGGCUGUCGGUGUACUUUCACGAGAUUCCAGAUGGCAUGCAGAUCUUCUUAAUGUUUUAACAGAGGAGAUGGGAUCUUUAAACAAGCAACUUAAUGCUUGGACGGGAAAUAAUCCGCUACUGGAUCGAAUUACUGAACCAUACAAACGUUCAAACACCCAGUUUUUUCAUCCGCUUUUAGUUUUAUUGAUGUCACGAGCUUCACGAAUGGAAGGAAAUACAAGCCAACAAAUGUUUCAGAGAUACAAGCAGUUGUCACGUGUUACAGAACUCAUUCACGCCGCUAAUCUUAUCCAUAUCAAUAUCCGAGAAGACCAAAGCACUGAAGAGCUUAAACUGGCAACAUUGGUUGGCGAUUAUUUAUUAGGAAAAGCUUCUGUUGAUUUAUCUCAUCUAGAAAGUAAUGCCGUUACAGAAUUAAUGGCCUCUGCUAUUGCAAACUUAGUGGAAGGACAUUUCAUGAAAUCAAGAUCUCUCGCAGAUGCCCAAGCUAAUGAACGGAUGCUUUUACUUCAGUCUGCAUUUCUUCCGGCAAAGGCCUGCUUAUCCGCUAGCAUUUUAAAUAAUGCCUCAACACAUAUAAAUAAAGCAUGUUUUACCUAUGGAAGGUUCUUGGGUUUGUCUAUGCACGUAGCACAUGAAGAUAUCCCUGAGAAGAUGGAGCAAAAGACGAAGAAAAUGGAUUUACUAAACGAUUAUCGAAAAAAUGCAAAAGAUGCAUUAACUGUCUUCCCAGAUGUGGAAGCUAAGCAAGCAUUAAUUGAGAUUGCUGACAGAGUAUCAAUUGCAUAA